UUCAUAAACAUAGAAGUGAUUUCUUACCCAUAACCUUAAAAAAAGAUAAACAAUGGAGUUUCCAACACUCGGAGAACAUUGUCAAUAUCCUUGUUGCAACCAAAAUGACUUUCUACCCCUGCAGUGCAAAUGUGCGAAGGUCUUCUGCCGUGCACACUUCAAUGAACACUGCUUAUCAGGAGCCUGCGAAUUGGCGCCAAAACCCAAGGAAGUUAUUCUAAAAAAUGAUGACCAGAUCUUUAAAUGCUCUGAAAAGGGGUGCAGAAAAGGCAACCUCCAUGAAAUGCUGUGUGAAAAGUGCAACAAACACUACUGCAUUGAGCACAGAUUUCAUCCGUCCUGUCCAGAAAUUGAUGAUGAGACAAUGGCUGCCAAAAUAGAGCAAUUCGCAGCUCCAAGGCGGCAGUUCCAUGAAGCUAAUAAACAUUUACAAGAAAAAAUAACAGAAAACAUAAGAAAGGCUCUCCUAUCAUCAGCAAAAGUCAAAACUGCUUCGAAAAUACAUUUAAUGAGAAUCAAACAGAAAGCCAAGGGUCCCAAAUGCGUUCCAGCUACGGACAGAGUAUACUUUGCCAUUGGCAAACCCAAGAAUACAGAUCCGAAACCAGUAAGAAUAGUUGAAGAGGUUGACAAUAUAAAAAAUAUUGAAACGGUAACUUUAGAUCCGGACUUGAAGGAUUCGGUACCCAUAUUUAUAAGUUCAAAAUGGAGUUUAGGACGAGCGAUGGACAGUAUAUGCGAUUCAUGUAGUAUCAGCAAUGAUAACAACAAGGUUAGUGAUACAAAGUUAAGAUUGUUCCGGCAAUUAGACGGUUAUUGUAUAAGUCCGGUGAAAAUGGAUGUGGAAAUAAAAGAAUUGAUGGAAAAGGAGGUGUUGCUGGAGGGAGACAGACUGGUCGUUGAAUAUGUUGAAAGUUCACUCCUUUCUGGUUUGGAUGAGAAUUCCCAAAUGUUUUUGAGUUGAUAAUUUAUCUAGUCAAAUUUUAUACUCAAAAUAUA